GGCAGCUCAACAUGGAAGACUGUUUGCACACCUCCUCCGACAACCUGGCCAAGUUGGUCAAGUGGGCGCACAGCCACGGAACCAUCUGCACCCUCAUCCCCAGCCUCAAGCACCUGCUCACCGAGGGUGCCCAUGGCAACCUCACUGCGCUCUGGGGUUGCAGUGCGGGCCACGCCUACCACUGGCCCCUGACAGCCACCUGUAAGACAAGCCAGAAGGAGCGCGUUUGUUACCCAGACAGCCGGAGCAUCAACGCGGAGAGUCUGAUGCAAGGAACCACGGGUGGCUCGGGCAGCCAGAGGGAGCGCUUCAUGGACCGCAGCGGCGGCAAGGGCAAGAGCAACUGCGUGCAAGCGGGCGACUCGUGCGACUUUUCCAACUGCAGCGAGCCAUCUGAAGCGGACGACAACACGGAGGAGUACAACAGCAACCUGUUCGAUAUCGUCUGUGAGUCGUCCGCCACGGAUGAGGACGGCGACUCUGAGCCUCACCAGCAACAGCACGCGGCGCUCCGCAAGAGGACUGCCCCUGGUGGCGGAGGAGGAGGAGGAGGAGGAGGUGGAGGGGAGCAUGAGGCAGAGGAGCGCUCGGGGGAUCCCGUCCUGAAGAAGAUCAAGCAGGAGACGGCGGAAGACUACUACACCGUGGCAAAUGCCCAGCUGGCUGCCGGUAUGCUCUCUGAGGGAGGCCCCUCGUCCACGGUCGUCUCCCAGUCGCCGCGGCCGAGCUCCCUGACCCGCCCCUCGUCCCACUCCUCUCUCUCCCACAAACUGUCGUCGGUGGACGGGGACUCCCUGGGCGUCUCUCCCUUGCCCAUGGGCAGCAGCUCCUCCCCGCACCCCCAGACAAUGCUCCGGCCCAUGCGUGCCCCCACCCACACUGCCCAGAGCAAAGCUCCCGGUCAGAGCUCGGGUGCCCCAGCAGGAGCCUUAUCCCUGCCCAGCAAGAGCGAACUGCUAGACAGGAUGCCAGGGGACGAGCUGGCCAAGUCGGCAGUGUCGUACGGAGACCUGGGCGGAGGGCUGAACCCAGAGCUGGACCUGAUGACGGGGCAAGCCUUAAACGCUGACUCCAGAGCGGAAGCCUCGGGCUGUUUGGGUUACUCCGCCCAGGCGAGAGGCUCAGCAGAGGGGUCCAUGUCAUUUUUCUAUAACUCCACUAACGAGUUAUCUGUCCAAGGCAAACAGCAGCUCGAAGAAUUUGUUUCGAGUAUAGAUCCCGGCACUCUUCACAGCCUUCAGGCGGUCAUCGGUAAGAUCCUCACUCUACGUGAGCGAGCGCCUGCCCAACACUCACAGCGGGUCAAGCGCCCUCGCCGACGUAGCCUUCACCAACCACACCCACCACAACCACACCCACACCCACACCCACACCAACAUCAGCCCCAGGACAGUGCACCGUCGCUGGGGCAGAUGUGGGAGGAGCACCCCCUGGAGGUGGUGGGUCAGGGAGGGGCAGGCCAUGGCUCUCCUGGGCCUGGUCAGCAGGAGCUGUACACAGGCUGUGGCGUGUACCUGCCCACAGUGCGCCUGGCCGCCAUGCACCAGGAGUCCAGGCAGGACUGCAUGCGCCUGUUCCACCAGCUGUUCGAGCACUUCUUCAGCGAGGAUGACCUCAUUGGAGCUGUGGCCUUUGGGAAGAGGGGCAAAGUGCCAAAAGGCAAGAAGGUUCUGGAUCGAAGGAUUGUGGAUGGAAUUAUCACGUAUGUUCUCCGCUGCUCCUCAUUGGACGGCUGGACGUCAGUGGACUCGUCCAAGCUGAAGAAAGCCUGCAUCAACAAGUGCAGGAUGCGGAUGAGCCAGCGGCGAAGGCUGGGCCAGAUGACCUUCUUUAACCCUGAGGAUUACAUGAUGGGGACCUCGGACCUACAGCCCUCAGCCGACGACUUUUAAAGUCUGUGUGUGUGUGUGUGUGUGUGCGGGUGCAGCUGACCAUAACUUAAAGCAACACAAUGUAGUUUUUUUACCUCUAAAUAACAGCUUCCAACUGAUUUGUAUGAUGCACAUCUGUAUACUCAUUUGAUGUGCCAUGCCCUGCGAGCCUGGUAUUCUCACUAUGUUGACCCCACAGCACUAAAUGGGUGCCCAGUGGUUUGACAAUUGACUAAAAGGGGAAUUCCUUGUUUUUGUUGAUUAUUUUCUUAUUUUUCAUGAGUGAUGUAUUUUUGUACUGUCUCCUUAUGAUCAUUAUUAUAAUGAAAAAAAAGAAAAGAAAGUAAGAAAAAAGAGACAGAGAAAAGAAAAGGAAAAAAUAGUCCUCCAUUGUGGGGGGGGGGGGGGGGAUAAAAAAAAAAAAGGGGGGGGGGGGAUUCCUACAUUGUGUUCCUUUAAUAACCAUAUUUUAGUAAGAGGGAGAACCAAAUAAGGAGAAGGGCUGUGGGAAACGUAAACAGAUUUUAAGUGACCCUUGCCACAGAACUGACCACUAGAAGUAGAUAGUGUGCCCUGUUAUGCAAAACAGAACUGACCACUAGAAGUAGAUAGUGUGCCCUGUUAUGCAAAACAGAACUGACCACUAGAAGUAGAUAGUGUGCCCUGUUAUGCAAAACAGAACUGUAAUCUGAAACUCAAGAGAUUUCAUGGAACAGCGUGUAAUCUAUGUACACUAAUUGUAGGACGUGUUAAGAUCUCUUGUGUGCCGGUUACAUUGUUGUUUGUAGAGUAGUAUUUAUUUUCAUAUGAAUGUAUAUGAAACUAGUUUCAUUGCUGUACAUUUCUAUGAUUAAUGUAGAACUAAGGUGUUCUGUUUAUUGUCUGUCAGUUUUAUCAUUCCAUGUAUUUAAUGUGAGAAGUAAAAAGGGAAAUCUAAAUGACUCUCUCAAUUCUUCAAGACCCUCAGACAGAUCCACCAUAAUGGCUGUCAGCAACAUUUCAAAUAUUUAAUUGUGCUAUACAUUUCUGGAAGAAUAAACUGGCGCUGCAUUUAAGAUUGUUCUGAUCAUUUCAUUUCAUUGAAAUUUUGGUCUGAUGGUGGAUCAAAACAACCGGGUUUAAUCUUCUGUAUUUGCAUGUAUAAUAAAUGAUAGGAUGCAAGCCAUCUACUGUGGUGUUGACAUGGAAACGGAGAUUUUAAUACGUAACAUGACAAGUAAAUUCUACUUACAAUUAUUCACGAUUACUUUUUAAUACACUUCUAGGUAUUAAUCAGAAUUGAUCAGUCGUCGUAAACAUGUAGUUCAGGUUACACAAUGCAUUUCUCAAAACAUUUCUCUCAAACGCACACAUACAGUACAUGCUAGUUCAAGCAAAGUAAUUAUGUAAUAACCAAGACCAACUGUGCAGUUGAAGAGAGGGACAGGAGAGAGAGGAACAUAGUCCCUGUAGUAGCAGGUUAGCAGGUGGGUCUAAGUCUCUCUUGGAUCUAAUUACCUUGACAAUUUUAUGUUGUCUUUUUAUGUAUUAUUAUUUUGGACCUGACCAACUUUUCUUUGCCACCAUCUUGCAUUUUAGAUGCCAUGUUUUUUGGAAACUAUUUUAGAUUUUUAUAGUGACUGUUGUUUUUGUAGUUUUAGCAAUGUUACGCAGAACAGUUAGUUAAUAUGCUUAUACUAGGUCUAAUCAAGUCAAAUUGAAUUUUAGAUGGCAUGUUUUUGGGAACUAUUUUUGUAGUGCCUGUAGUUUUGUCGUUUUAGCAGUGUUACGUAGAGCAGUUAGUUAGUUAAUAUGCAUAUACUAGGUGUAGUCAAGUCAAAUUCCAUUCUGACAAUUUGUUAUUAACAAAAUAUAAAAACAUUUGUUUGUACUGACAUGUAAUAAAGCAUGCAUGUAUUCUAAACAAUCAGAGAUAUGUAUCUGCUCCAUAAAAAAAAAGACUCAAUCUGGAUCUUCUGAGCUGAGGCAGCUUUACAUAUGACAGUGCCUCAAAAUUGGAGAUGUUUUUACUUCAUUUAAAUGAGGCCCUGUCCUAUCCAGAUUGUGUUAGCAAUGCUACAUCAGAGCAGUUGGGAAUUAUUAUAAUCUAUCAAGCGGUCAGAUGGGCUUCAAACCACAUGUUGUUACACUGGCCAUUCGUUUCGAGGUUGCAGUUGCAUAUUCACACAUUUGUAGUUUGUGUUUUUUUCCCUUUUAAAUACAUUUCAAUGGUUUGACCAUUUUAAUGUACAGUUCAAGUUCAUUUCUCCAUUAUCUUCUCUGUGUGUCUGCCAUUCUAUACAGCAUUCUGUAAUACCUUUUGUAAUACCUUUCAAAAUGCCGAACGCAAUGUCCUAACGUGUGGCGUG